AUGACUGCAGGCACUGUAUCUACCAACCACGUUCAAGACAUUGAAUAUGCUCGUGCACUUCAUGGUGACAAAGUCAAGACAGGUCUUCUUGCCAACUUGGUCUCUAAGAACGCUCAGGUGCACGAAGUGACCACUGAUACCUAUCUUAAACUCUGGAAGAAGGAGGCCAAGAAUGAAACAAAGGAAGAUGAAGAUCGCCGAACGGGUGAUUAUACCACACUGGUCAAUUCUUACUACAACUUGGCUACUGAUUUUUACGAAUAUGGUUGGGGCACCAGUUUCCACUUUUGCCGUUUUUAUGUAGGUGAAGAGUUCAGACGCGCUAUUGCUCGUCAUGAACAUUAUUUGGCUGCCAAUCUUGGCUUGAAGAAAGACAUGCGUGUGCUUGAUGUUGGUUGUGGUGUUGGUGGUCCCGCACGUGAAAUUGCUCAUUUCACAGGUGCUCAUGUCACUGGUUUGAACAACAACGCCUAUCAAGUCGAACGUGCCAAGUAUUAUGCUGCCAAGGAGUUGCUUCAAGAUCAAACCGAAUUCGUCAAGGGUAACUUUAUGGAACUCCCAUUUGAAGACAACACAUUCGAUGCUGUUUAUGCCAUUGAAGCCACUUGUCACGCUCCUACUUUUGAGGGUGUCUAUGGUGAAAUCUUCCGUGUCUUGAAGGCAGGUGGAAGCUUUGGUUGCUAUGAAUGGGUUAUGACAGACAAGUAUGACGAGACCAACCCUCGUCACAAGCAAAUUGCUCACGAAGUCGAAAUUGGUAACGGUAUUCCCAAGAUGCGUACUACCCAGGAGUGCGUACAGGCCUUGAAGAAUGUUGGAUUUGAAGUUGUUAUGAACUAUGACCUUGCAGAUAUGGGUGAUGCUAUUCAGUGGUAUUAUCCUCUUGAAGGUGAUCUCCGUAAGUGUCAAACUCUCAAGGACGUAUUUACUACCAUGGCCAUGACAAAACUGGGUCGAUUCACAACUACCAACUUCGUUCGUUUAUUGGAAAAGGUUGGUUUGGCGCCCAAGGGCACUGUAGAGACUCAAAAGGUAUUGGAAACUGCUGCUGAUGCUUUGGUUGCUGGUGCUCAAGCUGGCAUCUUUAGCCCUAUGUACUUCUUUGUCGCCAAGAAGCCUCAAAACUAG